AUGGAUGCAAAUUCAGUUUCUUUAGAUGUUACUGCCAACUCUGAAUUAAACGUUAGCAAUAGUUGUAGUGACUUAAAGAUUGAAGUUGUUGAACCCGUUGCAAGUUCAGUUUCUAUAAGUAUCACUGAAUUAAACGUUGGAAAUAACACUGAAACUAACAAUAGCGACAAGAAGGUCGUAACUGACUUAGAAGAUGACAAGAUUGAAAUUAUUAAACCUACUACGAAUUCAAUCUCUAACGUUGGAGAAACUGGCUAUAGUGACACUGAAGAUUAUAGUAAUUCCUUAGAAAAGCUGAUACAAAUGAUAUACUCUAAUGAAGAUACACCUCCCACCAAAUUAGAAUGCAUGAAUCUUAUUAUGCCAGAACUAACUAAAGAAGUGUCUGAGAAAUUCUUAGACAAACUCUUCGAAUUGGAAAGCAUUAAUCCUGAA